CCGGUGAUUGCCGAGCAUCUCCUAUGUGGGGGGGGGGGAGAACUGUUUGUAAACAAAACAGUUCUCUCCUGUCAGCUCCUGCACAGUGCUUUGCAUGGCUGUCCAUGCAAAGCAGUGUGCUUACAGUGAAGCACAGUCACAGCCCAGUAUGUAAAACAGCACACUGUUAAUCCUUUGAUCGCCCGUCAUGUUAACCCCUUCCUGCCCAGUGCCAUUAGUACAGUGUCAGUGAUUUUAUUAGCACUGAUCACUGUAUUGGUGUCACUGGGGAUGUCAGUGACACCAAGUCAGUUCCCCCCAGUGUCAGAAUGCCCUCCGCAGUCCCGC